GUUUCAGGCGGUGAGGACAAGGUUCCUGGCGGUGAGGACAAGGUUCUUGGCUGUGAGGACAAGGUUCCUGGCGGUGACGACAAGGUUCUUGGCGGUGAGAACAAGGUUCCUGACGGUGAGGACAAGGUUCCUGCAGAUGAGGACAAGGUUCCUGGCGGUGAGGACAAGGAUCCUGGCGGUGAGGACAAGCUUCCUGGCGGUGAGCACAAGGUUUCUGGCGGAUAGGACAAGGUUCCUGGCGGUGAGGACAAGGUUUCAGACGCUGAGGACAAGGUUUCUAGCGGUGAGGACAAGGUUCCUGGCGGUGACGACAAUGUUCCUGGCGAUGAGGACAAGGUUCCUCGCGGUGAGGAGAAUGUUCCUGGCGGUGAGCACAAGCUUCCUGGCGGUGAAGACAAGGUUCUUGGCAGUGAGGACAAGGUUCCUGGCGGUGACGACAACGUUCCUGGCGUUGAGGACAAGGUUUCACACGGUGAGGACAAGGUUUCACACGGUGAGGACAAGGUUUCUAACGGUAAGGACAAGGUUCCUGGCGUUGAGAACAAGGUUAUUGGCGGUGAAGACAAUGUUCCUGGGGGUGAGGACAAGGUUCCUGGCGGUGGGGACAAGGUUCCUGGCGGUGGGGACAAGGUUCCUGGCGGUGAGGACAACGUUCUUGGCUGUGAGAACAAGGUUGCAUGACGGUGAGGACAAGGUUUCAGGCUGUGAGGACAAGGUUCCUGGCGGUGAGGACAAGGUUCCUGGCGGUGAGGACAAGGUUCCUGGCGGAGAGGACAAGGUUCCUGGCUUUGAGGACCAGGUUCUUGGCGGUGACGACAAGGUUCUUGGCGGUGAGGACAAGACUCCUGACGGUGAGGACAAGGUUCCUGGCGGUGAGGAAAACGUUCUUGGCUGUGAGGACAAGUUUACUGACGGUGAGAACAAGGUUUCAGGCUGUGAGGACAAGGUUCCUGGCGGUGAGGACAGGGUUCUUGGCUGUGAGGACAAGGUUCCUGGCGGUGAGGACAAGGUUCUUGGCGGUGACGACAAGGUUCCUGGCGGUGACGACAAGGUUCUUGGCGGUGACAACAAGGUUCCUGACGGUGAGGACAAGGUUCCUGCAGAUGAGUACAAGGCUCCUGGCGGUGAGGACAAGGUUCCUGGUGGUGAGGACAAGGUUCCUGGCGGUGAGCACAAGGAUCCUGGCUGUUAG